CGCCGUGCGGGGCUGGAGCCGAGCUCGGGACGGGGCAGCGCCUCGCCGCCUUACCCGAACCGCUGACGUCUGAUUUCCUUCUCAGUGUGUUGAGGAAAAGUCCGCAGACGCGAAAGUGCGGAGAUAACACCUGAAACACAAACCGUGUCCGUUUGUUUUCGGAGUGGUGUAGGAGCAGAACACGUAUGUACGUAUCUGUAGGAUAAAGGAAAGGGAAACGCGGCCGAUAUCGGUAGCUUUAAUACUUCUUUGUCAGAGAGGUGUUACGACCAAAUUAGACGGCGAUGUAUUUUGAAAAAGAGUGUCUGGUGUAUCCUUUCUGAUGCUGAUACCUGCCUGCCACUGUGUUCUGUCGGUGUGUAAUAACGGAGCCCUGGGCGGCCCAGUGAAAUGAAAUGUAAGGUUUGCCUCAUCGGUCAAUGCAGCGCUCCCGGGUUGUGUGGAAUAAUGUUCUUCCCUUUUCAUUGCGGUUUUGAUUCUGUUUCUUGUCCCUCAAAUAGGUUUUAAAUAUGUUGUUGAAACUUUUUCCCUUUCAAUCAGAAAAAAAGGAGAUGUCACUGGUAUCUGCAGUUUGAAGACUGGAUCUUAUCUGAAAGUCACUGAGCCCAGGCGCUGCCACCUUAGUCUUCCCAUAGGACAAGGAUGCCUUCGUUUCUCAAUAUGAACAAUGACCAUAGUUAACAAGCCAAAAUCUUCAAAGUCCAAAAAAUCCUCAUCGAGACGAUCUGGUAAAUCCAAAAAACCCAGUACUAAAACUAUGAAGUCACGCACUGCAAACUGGGGCCGGGUACCACCUGCCAAAAAUCGAAACCAGGUCUCUGUGAACCAAGGACGUGGAGGUGCUAUUUAUUGUAGAUCAUCUGAAAAACCUAGACCUUUUUCCGUUAAAGAUUUAGUCAUUAAUGAUGGAAUUGCUCCACCACAAAUGAUUCUUUUUCCACCUGAGAAGAUUUGUAUGGAUUGGCAACAAACACAAAAUGGAGUUGGAGUUGGACUCUGCAAUCUUGGCAAUACGUGUUUUAUUAAUUCUAUUCUACAGUGUUUGACCUACACACCCCCACUCGCCAACUACAUGCUUUCCCUUGAGCAUACCCAGUCGUGUGAUUAUCCAGGCUUCUGCAUGAUGUGCACUAUGGAAACUCACAUUAACCGAGUCCUGUGUUGUGCUCAUGAUGCCAUCAAGCCUGUAGUUAUUGUCCAUGAACUUAAACGAAUAGGAAAACAUUUCCGCUAUGGCGCUCAGGAAGAUGCGCACGAGUUCUUACGCUUCACUGUUGAUGCUAUGCAGGAAGUGUGUUUGCAGGGAUGCACCAUAUUAGACAGAUCUUCUCAAGCAACCACCAUCAUUCAUCAAAUAUUUGGAGGAUUUCUAAGAUCCAGAGUAAAGUGCUUGAACUGCAAAGGAGUUUCAGAUACAUAUGAGCCAUUCCUUGAUAUACCUCUGGAUAUAAAGGAAGUUUCAUCUGUUACCAAAGCUCUAGAACAGUUUGUGACACCUGAACAGCUGGAUGGUGAAAAUUGCUAUAAGUGUAACAAAUGCAUGAAGAUGGUGCCAGCAUCAAAGAGAUUUACAAUACAUCGUUCUUCAAAUAUUCUCACAGUAUCACUGAAAAGAUUUGCAGAUUUCACGGGUGUGAAGGACACCAAGGAAGUUCAAUAUCCUGAGUAUUUUGAUCUUCGAGCUUAUAUGUCUCAAUCAGUUGGAGAACCACUCAUUUAUGCCUUGUAUGGAGUUUUGGUUCAUAGUGGUGUCAGUUCUCAUACAGGACACUACUACUGCUUCAUAAAGGCUGCUGAUGGACUUUGGUAUCAGAUGAAUGAUUCUACAGUAGUGCGAAGUAACAUCAAAACAGUCCUUGCUCAGCAAGCUUAUUUACUAUUUUAUAUCAGGCGCUACGAUUUGACACUUGGAGAACGUACUUUUUACUUACCAGCACCGCCUUAUCCCUGUUCACUUGUUGGUCAGAGGGAGAAUAAUAGAAGGCAGGCUGGCUUUAUGGGACCACGACUUCCUCCUCAUAUGAUUAAGAAUUCAAGUCGUUUAAAUGGAAAAAUACCUUUAAAAGAGGAUCCCAAUUCCGUAGAUGUCAGCUUAAAAAGGCCAUCUUCAGCUCCACCCAUAGCUUGUGCUGAAAACUGGGCAAUGGUCAGGCCUUCAAUUACCAACCCAUCAAUAAAUCAGAAGCUCACUAUCGGUAUUCAUAACAAAUUGCCUGCACGUGAGACAGCGUCGGAGCCUGACUGUCUUCGUGCUCUGGAGGAGGAGGAGAUUAUGUCUAUUCCUUCAUCCACAGUUACAAAUCCUGCAGCAGAGUCUACCUCAAAUACACCUACAAUGUUAGCUGCUAGUGAUAUUUUCGAACAAGAAGCUCUAGAUGACAUUUUAAUUGAGCCAGUGGUGAAUGGAAUUCCUGAACUCAGCUCUGAUAACAUAGUCUUUUAUGGUACAGAAUUUUCAGGAAAAUCUGAGGAGGACUCAUCGGAGGGCUUAUUUACAAGGAAUGACAACGUAAUAUCUCCUAAGGGAAUUUUGUUUGGAAAGGUCUGUACAUUGCAGGAUUCCUAUUCUUCCUGUCAGAAUGCUGAAGAGGAAAGAUCCCAGCAUGAGCUGCCAAAAAAUGAUUCACUAAAUGGUGCUAAUAGUUUAGAUAAUGAACCUAAAGAAAAUGGACUGAAACUUGAUGAUUCCAGUUGCCAAGUCCCAUCUGAUAAACCUUCCAAAAUGUUAUUUUCUAAAACCAAUGGAGUGCUUAAAACAAUGCCUAUAACUUUGUAUCCAGUCUCUCGAGAAAUGAUCCUAAAUUCCUUUACAUACGGCCAGUUGAACAGCUUGUCAGAGGAAAUAAGUGUCCCUGGACCUCAGAAAUCUUCUGAGAACAAUUAUCUUAUGGAAACAGUAAUGAUGAAUGCGCUGUUGGUCUAUGAAGAAUCCCGGAAACUUCCUUCCAUCUUGAACUAUGACGCUGGGAAUCUUUUUAUUCAAUCGGAUUCUGAAACUAUUUCUGCCAAAGAAGAAGUUGCCGAAAGUAUUAUAACAAAAGCUGAUAAUGCACAACCCAAUAUCAAUGGUCAGCACAAGGUUAGGAAAAGAUCCUUGGAUGAAUUCCUUAUAAAUUUUGAACCCGAUGACAGUGGUGACAAAGACAAACCUAGAAGAUCAAAAGAACUUGAUCUCAUUUCAAAAGAAAGUCCUUUGUAUAUCGAAGAGUCUCCUGAGACUGAAGAGGAAUUAGGACAGGCUUCCUCUAUAAAGUCCGAUUUUGAAUGUAGUUCUAAAGGACCAGCGUGUCUAGAUACUGCAGAUAAAUGCCAAGAUUCAAAGGACAUAUCUGAUAACUAUGUAGAUGUACCACCUGUUAAUGACUCUUCCAUUACAAAGCUGGAUAAAGUUUUGGAGAGUCAAUUUUCUAGAGAAAACAAGGGACCGACUAAUAGGAAUUGUGAAGAAAAUAAGCAUAGGAAAAAGGUAAAAACGUAUAUGAUUCUAAAAAAACUGACAAAGAGCACUACCGAAGAAAAAGAGAACACUCUGACACAGAAGAGAGGGAGAAGCAAAACAGCAAACCGGGUGGUCAUUGCCACAAGAGAAGGUGCUCUCGUAGUGUGGAAACAAAUAAGCAAAGUCGUCACAAGCAGGAGUAUUGCAAUGGAAACAAAUACAGAUCUUCCUAUACUGAAAGAAACAGCCCUGAUUUCAGCAGAAACUCAGGAAAAUAUUCUCAUUACAGAUCUCGAAGCAGAGGACGUGAACAAGAUAGGAAUAGAUACUACUAUUCCAAAGAAGAGAGAAACAGGAGCAGAGAAAAAUACUAUCAAGAUGAAUCCUGGAGAUGGCAAAAAUGCAGACACUACAACGAUUACUAUUAUUCUCAUGCAAAGGGAGAUAGUCGAGAAAGAAAGUUCUCCCAUUACAAUAAAGAUUUUGACAAAUCAAGUCAAGCUUGCAGCAGGUCACAUAAGGAUUAUCAUUACAAAAGCAGACGGCCUCACAACUCACUCUCUAGAGAGGAGGAUGUACGUCACUUCAGUCACAGAGCAGACUCACGGCACUGUUCAUUUGCCUGGCAGCAACCUGAAAAAUAUUCUCAUGAAAGACAUAUAUUUCCACCUGUUCCACCAACUCAUUUAAAUCUUGAGGACUUGUCCCCCAAAAAUGAAAAACAAAAUGACAGAAAAAGAAAAUAUGCAGAAAGUAGUGAAAGUGAAACAGAAAGGAAAAGCAGAAAAAUAGAAAAAGAGGUUUUGGAUGAUCAAAAGAUGGAAAAGUUCAAGAAAGCCAAGAAGAAGAAGAAGUCCAAAGAUAAAUAUCGAGAGAAGGAUUACAAACUUUAUGAUUCGGAUUUCUCUGUGCUCCACUUUGACAAUGACAAUCGCAAACGUAAGAAAAAAAAGAAAAAGAAGAAACACACCAGGAAAUUGAAAGGCUUCUUGGAAUGUUUGGAUCUUCGUUUCCAGAAGCAAGCAGGGGAAAAGGAAGGAUCUCGCUCUCCUGGUGACUGUUUAUGUGAGCAAUAUGGAAAUGAGGGCAGCAGACAACCCAACAAAGAAGGCAAGCCUUCCUGUGGGAGCGAAAUCAAGAACUAGAUCUCCAUGGCAUCCAAUGAGAAUAUUAAAGAUGCAAAUUACUAAUUGAAGCCUUCAAUACUCAAACUAAAACAACCAUCAAAGCCAACUUUUCAACAAAAACAAACACUUCACAUCAUCAGAAUCGACUGCUUUAGACAUCUCAUCGCUACAAUCAGUGAGUUUACCCAUCAACCAAAACCACCACAUUUUAGCCAUCAAUACUUUAGACAUCUCAAUGCUCCCAUCAGUGACUUUAACUAUCAACCAAAACCAACACCUUUUAGACAUCAAUACUUCAGCCAUCCCAACACUCCCAUCAGUGACUUUACCUAUCAGUCAAAACCAACACCUUUAAAUGUCAAUAUUUUAGUGAUCCCAGCGCUCCCAUCCCUGACUGCAACUGUCAGUCAAAACCAACACCUUUUAACCAUCGAUACUUUAGCCACCCCAGUGCUCCCAUUAGUGACUAACUAACAGUCAAAAACAACACCUUUCAGCCAUCAAUACUUUAGUCAUUCCAACAUUAUCAUAAGUGACUUUAACUAUCAAUCAAAACCAACACCUUUUAGCCAGCAAUACUUUAACAAUCCAAACACUCCCAUCAGUGACAUUAAAUAUCAAUUAAAACCAACAACUUUUAGCCACCAAAACUUUAGCCAUCCCAACGCUCACAUCAGUAACUUGAGCUAUCAGUCAAAAACAACACCUUGUAGUCAUCAAUAUUUAGCCAUGACAGUGCUCUGAUCAGUGACUUUAACCACCAGUCAAAACCUACACAUUUUAGCCAGCAAAAGUUUAGCCAUUCCCAUAUUCCCAUUAGUGACUUUAACUAUCAAUAAAAACCAACACCUUUUAGCCAUCAAUACUUUAGCCAUCCCAACACUCCCAUGAGUGACAUAAAAUAUCAAUGAAAACCAAAACCAUUUAGCCAACAAUAGUUCAGAAAUCCCAUUGCUGCCAUCUGUGAUAUUAACCAUCGAUUUAAACCAACACCUGUUAGCCAUCAAUUCUUUAACCAUCCCAGUGGUCCCAUCAGUGACAUUAAUCAUCAAAGCCAACACCGUGUAGCUAUCAAUAUUCUAGCCAUACCAACACACCCAUUAGUGACUUCAGCCAUCAAUCAAAACCAACACCUUUUAGCCAUCAAUACUUCAGAAAUCGCAAUGCUCCUAUCAAUGACUUUAACCAUCAAUAAAGACCAACAACUUUUAGCCAUCAGUACUUUCACCAUCCCAGGGCUCCCAUUAGUGACUUCAACCAUCAGUUAAAACCCAGGGCUCCCAAUCUCUGACUUUAACUAACAAUCAAAACCAACAACUUUUAGCCAUCAAUACUUCAGACAUUCCAAUGUUCCUAUCAAUGACUUAACCCAUCAAUAAAAACCAACAACUUUUAGCCAUCAAUAUUUCAGACAUUCCAAUGCUCCUAUCAAUGAUUUAACCCAUCAAUAAAAAACAACAACUUUUAGCCAUCAGUACUUUCACCAUCCCAGGGCUCCCAUUAGUAACUUCAACCAUCAGUUAAAACCCAGGGCUCCCAAUCUCUGACUUUAACUAAUCAUCAAGACCAACAACUUUUAGCCAUCAAUACUUCAGCCAAACAAUUCCUUUAAUUGUUUAAGACUUAAAGGAAUUGUUUAAUUCCUUUAAGACCAACAGCUUCUAGCCUGCAGAAGUUUUGCAAUUCCAACACUCAAAUCAGUGAAUUAACCUAUCAGUCAAAACCAACAACUUUUAGACAUCAAUAAUUCAGUCAACCCAGCGUACCCAUCUGUGACUUUAACUGUCCAUCAAAAUCAAUACGUUAUAGCCAUAAGUAUUACAGCCAUCCUAGUACUCCUGUCAGUGACUUUAACCAACAGUCCAAACUAACACAUUUUAACCAUCAGUACUUGAGCGAUGCCAGCCAUCCCAUCAGUGACUAUAACCAUCAGUCGAAACUAACAUCUUUAAACUAUCAAUACUUCAUCCAUACCAGCCCUCCCAUCAGUGACAUUAACCAUCAGUCACAACCAGCACCUCUUAGCCAUCAUUACCUCAGCUAUGCCAGCCCUCCCAUCAGUAACUAUAACCAUCAGUCCAAACUAACUUCUUUAAACCAUCACUACUUCAGCCAUACCAGCCCUGCCAUCAGUGACUUUAACCAUCAGUCCAAACUGCCACCUCUUAGCCAUCAGUACUUCAUCCAUUCCAGCCCUCCCAUCAGAGACUAUAACCAUCAGUCCAAAAUAACAACUCUUACCUAUCAGUACUUGAGCCAGGCCAGCCCUCCCAUCAGUGAUUUUAACCAUCAGUCACAACCAGCACACUCCUGCCGUAAGAACUUCAGCCAUGCUAGCCCUCCCAUCAAGGACUAUAACCAUCAGUCACAACUAACACCUUUAAGCUAUCAUUACCUCAGCCAUAGCAGCCCUCCCAUCAGUGAUUUUAACCAUCAGUCACAACCACCACCUUUCAGCCAUACCAGCUCUCCCAUCAGACACUAUAACCAUCAGUCCAAAAUAAUACCUCUUAGCCAUCAAUACUUCAGCCAUGCCAGCCCUCCCAUCAGUGACUAUAACCUUCAGUCCAAAAUAACAUCUUUACACCACCAUCACUUCAGACAUGCCAGCCUUGCCAUCAGAG